AUGAGGAAGGCCGGAGCAGCGAGGGUGAGCUCGGAGGAGAUGCAGGAGAACAUCAUGAUGUCCCACCUGCUGAAGAGCGAGAGCGGCAACUCCCCUCAAGACCUGAACGUGGUGGCCAUGCUGCACCACUUCUGGCAGAAGAAGCAGAGCGUCCCGCUGACGGAGGGGGGGGCGGAGGACCCCCGGGCGGAGCAGGGCCCCCUGCUGCUGCUGUACGAGUCGGCCCCCACGCCCGGCCCGCCCUACGUCUGCUACGUCACCCUGCCGGGCGGGAGCUGCUUCGGGAACUACAGGGUGUGUGAGACCCAGGCGGAGGCCCGUCGGGACGCGGCCCGCGUGGCGCUGAUGAACUCCCUGAUGAACGAGCUGCCGUCGCGCCACAUCAGCCCCCCCUUCAUCUCCCAGAGCCUGAGGCAGGCGGCGGCCGACAGCGCCGUCUCUUUGGAGGACGCGUGUGACCCAGGCACCAGCAUCGGCACCUACAGCCUGCUGCUCCACUCCUGCAGGGGGCGCACCAUGCUGGAGUUCCAGGAGAUGAUGACAGUGUUCCAGCUGUUGCACUGGAACGGGACCCUGAAGUCCCUGAAGGACCAGCAGUGCUCCCGAAGGAGUGUGAUCUCGUACUUCUCCGAGCGGGGCCUGGACGAGUCCCUCCGCAGCAGCAUGGCGCUGGACUGGCUGGAGCGGGAGCGCCGGGCGGCCGGGCGGCUGGCGGAGCAGCUCGCCGUGGCCCAGCGGGAGCUGGUGCUAGCGCGCCGCCGCGGCGUCGAGCUGCGCUUCUACAAGGAGAAGACGGAGAUCCUCAGCCUGGCACUGAGCCAGGCCUACACCCACCACCCGCACCACCACCACCACCACCCUCAGCACCACCAGGACCACCAGCAAUACCCGGACCACCCGGACCCGUACGCGCCGUCCCCCGGACACGAGAGAGCCGGCUACGCCCGUGAGGAGGAGCUCCACCUCCGUCCGCCCCCCAUAUACGAGACGACCAAGAGGAAGCAGACCAAGAGGAAGCAGACCGAGAGGAAGCAGGCUGAGAGGAAGCAGACCGAGAGGAAGCAGGCUGAGAGGAAGCAGACCGAGAGGAAGCAGACUGAGAGGAAGGAGACUGAGGAAGCUGAGAGGAAGCAGACUGAGAGGAAGCAGACCGAGAGGAAGCAGACGGAGAGGAAGCAGACCGAGAGGAAGCAGACCGAGAGGAAGGAGACCGAGAGGAAGGAGACCGAGAGGAAGGAGACCGAGAGGAAGGAGACUGAGAGGAAGGAGACUGAGGAAGCAGACCGAGAGGAAGGAGACUGA